AUGCGCGAUGCCAAGAUCCUAACGUUAAGUGUUCCAUUGUUCAAGAUUAAGUUUGUCGACUCUCUCAGUUUCAUACCGAUGAGGCUCGCUGAUUUUCCAAAAACGUUUGGUUUGAACGAACUCGCGAAAGGCUAUUUUCCCCAUCUAUUCAACACAAACGAGAAUCAAAACUACGUUGGACCCCUACCACCUACUUCAUUUUACCAUCCUGAUGGAAUGAGUCCUAAUGAGAAAGAAAAGUUUUUGGAAUGGCAUAAUGGUUUGAAAGAGAACAAUUACGUGUUCGACUUCCAACAACAGAUCUUGACUUACUGUCGAUCUGAUGUGGAUAUAUUACGUCAUUCCUGUCUGGAAUUUCGCGAACUGUUUUGUGAUGUUACACACUGCAUGCUUCACACCAAUAAAAGUACCGGAUAA